CGCUAUGCUUUUAAUACAUGGCAGGCUGUGGAUAAGUUUAAGGACAAGCUGCCUGCCGAGUCCCGUCAGAAGUUUGCGGCCAUGACCUCUGAGGGUAAAGCCAUCGCCCGUACAGCCCUUCAGGCUUCCCUGGACGCUGUCGACUCUGCAGCCGCACCAUGGCGUCAGGUGUGGUUGCAGGUAUCUGGAAUACCUCCUGAUGUCCAGUCUAUUAUCCAGGAUCUGCCUUUUGACCGCAAGGCGUUAUUCUCGGAGCAUACGAACUCGAGGCUCCAUGCGCUCAAGGACAUGAGGUCUACCCUACGGUCCUUGGGGAUCCACACACCGGCUCCUUAGCGUCAUCAGCUACCCUACAGGCAGCAGGGGAGACCGCAGUCCCAGGUCCCCCAUGGGUAUUACUGGAGACGCCAUCCUUGUCCUCCCGGUGGGGGUGCAGGGGCAGCUGCGGGCCCCUCGUCCAUAAGUGGACGUAGACAUCGUCCGAGGGGGGACAACCCCCAUGGGGUUGGUCAAGGCCCCUCCCAGCAGCAUAAGCACCAAUUUUGAUGGGCUCCCAGAGAGUUGUGCACCAGCCUCCCACCCUGGCCCCCUGUUUGGGGCCAGGUUAUCCUGGUUUGCUCAGGCCUGGGCAGAAAUCAUGAUCGACGCCUGGGUCCUAAACCAGGAGUGGCUAUACCAUAUCCUUUUUGGGCCUGACCCCUUCCAACCCGCCCGCCCCGUCCCUUUUCAGGGGCACCUCUCACGAAGGCAUGCUCCACCAGAAGAUGCUGGCACUCCUCCAAAAGGGAGCUGUGGAGAAGGUCCCUUUCCAGCUGGGGUCCUUUACUCCCGAUAUUUCAUUGUCCCAAAACCUAAGGGCGGGGUCCGUCCCAUCUUAGAUCUCAGGGACCUCAACAAGGCGGUCGUGAAAUCCAAAUUCAGAAUGGUAACCCUGGCUUCUGUCAUCCCAGUCCUACAGCUAGGAGACUGGUACGCAACUCUCGAUCUCAGGGAUGUUUACUUCCAUGUGGCGAUAAGACCCAGCCACAGGAGGUUCCUCCGUUUCAUUGUUUCCCGAUGCCACUUCCAAUUUACAGUGCUCCCAUUUGGCCUUUCAACGUCACCAAGGGUCUUUACAAAAUGCAUGGCAGUCGUAGCGGCGUUCCUCUGCAAAAGAGGGGUACACGUAUUUCCGUACCUGGACAACUGGCUAAUUCGUGGCCGUUCCUAUGAACAAGUGGAGACCCAUGUGUCCCUCACAAGGGCCCUCUUCGUAAGGCUGGGACUCAUGCUAAACGAGGAAAAGUCAUCGACUCCCUCUCAGUACCUUGAAUUUGUGGGUGCCCUCCUGGACGUCAGAGGGCGAGGGCAUUUCUCCCCAGACCCAGGUUCCUGUCCAUAGUGGAGCUGGUCUCCGAAUUGACCCUGUCUUCUAUCACAACCGCCCGGGUCUGCUCAAGGUUACUGGGGCACAUGGCAGCAUGUACGUAUGUGGUACGCCAUGCUCGAAUGAGGCUCAGGCCUCUGCAGACCUGGUUGGCAAAGGCAUUCAACCAAUCCAGGGGUCUCUGGUACACAGUUCUCAGUGCCUCCGGAGGUAAUAGCCUCCUUACAAUGGUGGACUCUGGAGGCUGUGGUGUGCAGCGGGAUCCCCUUCACUGUACCUCCCCCCUCGCUCACUCUGGUCACAGAUGCCUCGGACCUGGGUUGGGGAGCACACCUGGGGUGCCGCAGAACCCAGGGUCUUUGGUCCCCUGCAGAGCAGGCUCUGCACAUAAAUGUCCAGGAGCUCAGUGCAGUCAGGAGAGCGUGCAAGACCUUCCGGUCAAAGCUCUCUCGCCUCUUUGUCCUGGUCCGCCUGGACAACAUGGCAGCUGUAUUUUACAUCAACAGGCAGGGGGGAGCCCGGUCACCUCCCCUCUGCCGCGAGGCUCUGUACCUCUGGGACCUGUGCGUAGAGCACGACAUGGUUUUGCAGGCAGAGUACCUGCCGGGCUGCAAAAACCUGCUGGCCGAUGCUCUGAGCUGGUCCUUUGGAGCCCACGAGUGGUCUCUCAAGGACUCAGCCCUUCAUCAGAUCUUCCUCAGGUGGCGCUAUCCCCUACUAGACCUGUUUGCCUCAGCAUGCAAUACCAAGUGUCAGAGUUACUGCUCCCUGUUGGGGUUGGGGGAACACUCCUGGGGGGAUGCCAUGACGGUCACGUGGCCGGUGGGCAUCCUUUAUGCUUUCCAUCCGUUCCCCCUAAUUCCCAGGGUUCUGACCAGGGUCAAGACCUUCAGGUCCACGGUCAUCCUGAUAGCCCCCAGGUGGCCCAGACAAUUUUGGUUCCCUAUACUGGUGGACAUGCUCAGCGAGGAGCCUGUAAUGCUCCCGCCAGCUCGGGAUCUCCUCACCCAACCUUGGGACGGGGGGACCAUGGCUCACCUGAAUCUCAGGUCUCCACCUAACGGCCUGGUUUAUCCGUGGUUGACCCAACCGGAAAGGGAAUGUUCCCAGGAGGUACAGAUGGUGCUCCUAA